GACUACAUACUAUGCGAGAUUUUGAUGUAAACGUUGAGCCUCUCAGUUUUCGAUUGAAUUCUAAUGGUUUAAUUGUUAAAUGGCCAGGAAAUGUUGUUAGUUGUUAUAAACAGAGAUGGCUGCGAACUCAUUGCCCUGGCAGCAAAGAAGUUAUAGAGAAGAGACGACAAAUUUAUCUUGGUCGUGAAUGCAUUCGUCUCUGGGAAGAUGGAGGACCAACGAGCAAAAAUCAUUUCCAGUUUUCCCAUCAAUCGUUUUUGGAAGAUGACAAAGUAAGAGAAAAAGAAAUGGGUGGUUUGUUACAAGUAGAAACACGUUUUUGUGGUUCUUUGGGACUUUUGGUAUUACAUGAUUUUCACAAGUCAGUUUGUGUGGAUGGCAUUGGAGUACUCAGAGGGCAGGAAUAUGGUCCAAACUUAAGAACUGAAGUUUUUUCAAGUAUAAUUCGACGUAUUGGGAUGGUACAACCUACACAUUUUGGUGAAACUUUUGAAGUCUGCCCUAAACCGGAUGCAAGUAACAUGGCGUAUGCAAAUACUGGAGAACUUCCCUACCACACAGACUUUCCAUCUCUACAAGAUCCACCACAACUUCAAUUGCUUCAUAUGUGUAAACAGUCCGAAUGUGGUGGAGGGAAAAGUAUGUUUGUUGAUGGAUUUUCUAUUGCUAGAGAGAUGUCAUUAAAAUACCCUAAAGAAUACCAAAUUCUCAGUGAUUAUCCUUUGGAAUUUAUCGAAGAAGGUUAUGAUGUUCACAAUGUUAAAGGCUUUCAAGACAAGGAGGAAAGGGUUGAUUUUUCUAUGGUAGCCAGGCAUAAAACGUUCAAAACCGAUGAAUCUGGACUUAUACAAGUACAAUUCGGAAAUGUUAUGAGAAGCUGGUUUUUGGACAUGGCUGCAAAUGACCCUUUACUUGUUCAAAAUAUUUAUUCUUCACUUAAGUUGUUCACUGAAUUGUGCUAUUUACCUGAAAAUCAACUUAUUUUCUCGCUUAAUUCUGGUGACACAGUUCUUUGGGCCAACACAAGAAUUCUUCAUGCUCGUAGUGCUUAUAAUUUAAUUGGAAUACCUGAAAGGGAGCGUCAUCUACUUGGAUGCUAUUUUUCUUGGGAUACAAUAAAAUCAAAAAUUCGUCUAAUCAGAAGACAAUUAAAACUGGAGGAGGAUCAAGAAACACUUUAA